UCUUCCUGUUUUACAUUUUCUUCUCUAACUUGUUCACAUAAUUAUUAUGUACUCAUAGUUCAUAGACUUCUGAAAAAAAAAUGUAUUCCAGAUCUGCUUGUCUUUUCCUUGCAGUCGUCGGACUCUUCUGUUUGUCGUCUGCGGCCGAUCAAUUUGUCUGUAAUAUAUCGUACGACGACAAAAUGAUGGAAAAAAUGAUAGCAACACAAGUUAAAGUGGAGCAUAUGGUGAAGGCGUUUAGUAAAGCAGAAGAUCGCGUUACGACAAUGCUGGAUAACUUCAAACAAAUGCUGGACCAACAAAAUGAAAAGCACGAUGCCUUAAAAAGAGAAAUAGCCGACUUAAAAGACAAUGCUAUCGUGCCAACGGUUGCCUUUCUUGCUUACAACCUUAACGAUGCAUCUGCCGAGGAAGGUGAUAGACUCAGAUUUACCGUCAAACAUUUUGAUGUAGGUUCAGGGUAUGAACCUCUGACUGGCAUGUAUACAACACCAGUUUCCGGCGUGUACCAGUUCACAGUUCAGCUUUAUAUUGCAAAUGGUCAAUGGUGCUUCUUUCAUAUCAGAUCAAAGGAUAAAAUUAUCAUGAAAACAGUUUUCUAUGACGACGCGGGCUCCCAUUAUGGUACCCAAACUGCUGUCGGCACGGCCGUUCUAGAUGCAAACACAAAGGUAUGGAUAGAGACUGAAAAAUCAUCCAGUGGAAAUGAUUUCUUCUUCCCUCAUCAACAUAGGGCUUGGAACAGUUUCUCCGGUGUCCUAAUCAACACUAUUAAUUAAAAUCAGUAAAGUGAAGAUAGUUUGAUAUUAUAAUAUUAAGUGUACAAUUUGUGUUAGUUAAUUGUAAGACAAACAUGAAAUCAGCAAAGAUUCCUUCAUUUAAAUAAUGUUAGAACCUGGGUAAAAGAUAAAUCUAAUAAAAAAAAUCCAGUUGCAUCAAAGUUCUGUAAUCAUAUUUUAUAUGCAUGUAUUAUUUCUCAGUUAUAAAUAAGUGAAUAUUAUAUUGUGUACAUGUAUGUCUGGCUGAAAUAAAUAAAUAAACAAACUCCUA